AUGUCGCUGCUCACGCUGCACGUCGGCAGCAGCCUGGCACAGGCAGUGCUGACCAUUCUCAUGACCUCCUAUGGCUACGCCGCUACAUUCGUUAUGUCCUUUACCCUUUGUCGGCUCAUUCUAUUUGGCAGUCUCUUGCCAAUCUAUCUGGGGAAGCUGUCAGGCAAUAUCAUCCACACGGGGGUUCGGAACAUCCCCAGCCUGCUCUCCAGUCAAGGGAGGAACAGGCUCAUCCGAGAGGCAGAAGAGUACCGGGGUCGAUGUGAGUCUCUGGCCAUCGCCCAGUGUCAAGGCACAUAUCGCUUCAGCGAGUCCAACUUGUAUCGAGUUCGUCCUCAGGGACCAGGAUGGAUGCCUGACAUCCCUUGGGCGGAUUUCACGGCGGAGAUGGCCAUCUGUGGAGCCACUGUCCGCUUCAUGCAUCAGAAACCAACACUCGACGGUCCCGCAGGCUGCAGGCGCCCGAUCAUCUGCCUGCAUGGGAAUCCGAGCAAUUUCUUUAUUUGGAGAAAUAUCCUUCUUCAUCUGCUGGACCAAGGUCAUGAAGUCUAUGCGCUCGACUGGCUCGGGCACGGUCGCAGUGACAAGCCGACGCAUCCCGAAUCGGUUACCUUGAACUGCAUAUUCACACGCUUUUGCAGUUGUUCAAGGUCUGCAAUCUCCGCCAAGCAACUAUCGUCGCGCAUGACUGGGGAGGAUACGUCGUUGACCCCGCUAGUAUCUCUUGCUGUCUCCGUCCAUGGCUCACUGUCUCUAGGUGCGUCGCAUUGUGCGCAAUCCCGCAGCUGCCUCAGAUGGCCUGCACUUGCCUCCUUCUCCUGA